AUGCUUUGUCUCAAACACGCCUGGAUUUUACAAGACGUACCCAGCACAGACGAUGGAAGGGCUGCUCAGAAAGAAGACUACACUCGCUUUGCUACGGGGCAUGGUGGGACUUCAGACAUUCAGAACACUAACAACAAUUUCAAGGUAAGCCUUGAUGUGCAACAGUUCCAACCCAAUGAAAUAAGCAUAAAACCAGUGGUUGAUUUGGUUGUUGUUGAAGAACAGCAUGAGGAACAACAGGUUGAGAAGUGUUUUAUUUCCAAACAGUUCACUUGCUGCUACAAGCUACCCAAUCGCAUUGAACAAGCGAUAACAUCAGGGCUGUCAGCUGACAGUUUUCUAAUCAUCGCAACUCCUAGGAAACAACUGCCUUCAGCAAGCAUGUGUGGAUAG